UCUUCAGCAGCAGGAGCAUGGAAGAAAGAAAAGACGUAUCUUCACAUAGGAUGGAGAUCUUGUUGGCCCUGCUGUUCCUGGGCCACCUAAGAGUGCUCACCUACGGCCAUCCUAUCCUAAAAGCACCAGACAGUGUGACAGGAACCUGGAAAGGGGACGUGACAUUUCAGUGCAUCUAUGUUCCUGUGAGAGGCUACAGUCAAGUUUUGGUGAAAUGGCUGGUACAACGUGGCUCUGACCCAGUCACCAUCUUCCUACGUGACUCUUCAGGCGACCAUAUUCAGCAAGCCAAAUACAGAGGCCGCCUGAAAGUGAGCCACAGAGUUCCAGGGGAUGUGUCUCUCCAACUGAAUGCCCUACAGAUGGAUGACAGUAGUCACUACACAUGUGAGGUCACCUGGCAGACCCCUGAUGGAAACAAAGUGAUGAGAGAUAAGAUUAUCGAGCUCCGUGUAAAGAAAUACUCCUCUAAUCCACGUAUAAUCAAUACUGAAGCACCUACAAGCACACAGUCCUCUUUGGAAGAAACAACUACAAUGAAUUCAACCUGUGACUGGACCACUAAGGGGAAUGGAAAACUUAAAGAGUCCGUUGCUGGCCCAGUGAAUAGAAAACAUGACAGGACCACUGCUGGCUCAGAAAAUGAAAACCAUGAGAAGACCAUUGCUGACCCAGGAAGGAGCCUGCCAAUUGCCAUCAUCUUCAUCAUCUCACUUUGCUGCAUAGUGGUUAUUACCAUAGCUUACAUCGUGUUCUACUGCAGGAAAUUCCAACAAGAGCAUGUCUAUGAAGUGACCAGGAUGUGUGCCAGGGAGACAAGCAACUCUGAAGAAACCACAAGGGUGACUACCUUCUCAAGUGGACACUGCAAUGAUGAACCAGAUUCUCAUGCUCUGAUCAAUGACUAUUCUGAUGAACCCUGCCUGGGCCAAGAGUACCAAAUAAUCACCCAGAUAAACAAUGAUUAUUCAUGCCUGUUUCACACAGCUCCCAGAAGCUAUGAAGUUCUUGCUACUGAAGACAACAGCAUCUGCUAAAAUGCCCCUCUAAGUCAAGGUCUACUGACUUACUGAGUUCUUGCCCUUAGCAUAGCUUUCAUCCUUGCUUCCUUUCUUCCUACACAACCUAAAGUAUCAACUCUGCCAAUGUUGGGGCCACUGGGAAGGAAAUCUGGUUUGGCUAAGAAUUUACCAUAUGCGCCUCAAGAAAGCUAGCUUCUGGAUUUGGCCCUGGACCCUUCAAUGUUCUGCCUAGGGCCUCUACAACUCCUCUGCAAACACCAGAAAGAAUUCCCAUAGCACUAGAGGUUCUUCUUUAUGCCUCAAGGCAUCACCAGAAAAUCAGACAAGGCUCAGUCCUACCAACUCAGGCAAAUAUCUGUGUCCAUGAUUACAUCCCUUUCUCCAGUACCAGAGGACUUUUGAUUAAUAUUGCCAAAUCACAGGCCAAGGUACAGAUCUGUUCCUACAAUGAGAA